AUGUCCGACACGCCGAUUAGUGAAGAACCUCUCUCUGAAGCAAAAAAAAGGUUGCACGAAAAUGAAGUAGAGAAUGCUAAGAGACAAAAGACUGAAGCUUCUCCAGAAACAUCGACUCCCGUACCGACAUCAAAAUUCGUCACACCUUCUCCCCCCGAAACUUCGGUGUCAACAGCAAAGAACUCAACUCCAACCUAUUCCUCUUCCUCUAGUUUACCAAUGGCACAAUCAACGACGCCGAUUUAUACGUCCCCAACAGCAACACUAUUCUCCAAACCUUCAUGGCUAGAUCAGAAUCCGGCUCUACACUUAAACGAGGCUCAAAAGGCGGCGUUAGAAAAAGCCAAAGCUUUUGCGAGAGAAAUGCAGGCAGUGCUACUCAAUCCAGUCGGAAAAAAUACUUCACCGCCACCGCUGCCCACCUUUUUCCUGUCAUCCAAUCCUGGUUUAGCAUCGGGAAUAGAUCCGCGUUCUCUGUCUGUUUUAUCACGUAUUUACGUUGGAUCGAUCAAUUUUGAACUCACCGAACAACACCUGCGUGUGGUGUUUGGUCAAUUCGGCGCAAUAAAGAGUGUCAGCAUGUCAUUAGAUCCCCUCACCGGAAAGCAUAAGGGAUUUUGCUUUAUCGAAUUUGAAACGCCCGAAGGUGCGUCAUUGGCUCUUGAAUCAAUGAAUGGUGCCGAGUUAGGUGGAAGGUUCAUCGAAUUUGAUGAUGAAUCGGCAGCUUGCACAGCAGUCAAUUCUAUGAAAAUUUUUGAGUUGGGAGGUUUGACCCUACAUGUUGGUAAGGCUGUGAUAGGGGGACCUCUUAGUGAGGGUAUGAAAGCGAUCGAAAAGUUGCCCCCGCUUCCUGCAGGGGUUGCACCACCGCCAACCCUUUCAACCUCACCCUCGGUGACUGCCGCAGCUGCCGCCGCCAAAGCACAGAAUGCAGCCGCCAAAAUUGCGGCCGAUCUUGCCUCCAGGGGUCAAGCCGCGGUUGAAUCUGUUGCGCAAGAGGAAAACAUGAGCAUCAGUGCUAGUCAACGUUACGCCAUCAUGCAGAAAUUGGCACGGGCCGAGUCAUCUCCGGUGGUCGUGAUUCGUAAUGCUGUUGCACCUUCGGAAGUAGAUGACUCGCUGGAAGAAGAAUUUCAAGAAGAGUGUGGCAAUUUUGGUAAGGUCAAUAAAGUUGUCGUUCACAUUGAUUUAGAAGAAGUAUUUGAGGGCGAACGAGGGCUGGUUAAAAUCUUUGUUCACUUCGAAGAAGGUUCUGCUGCAGAAAAAGCAAAGGAAAAAUUAGAUGGUCGAUGGUUUGGUGGUCGUCGUAUAAGUGCCUCCUUAUUUGAUCUAAAGAAAUUUCAAACGGGAGAUUAUUCUAACUGA